AUGGCCAACGAUGAAAUGGGCAUAUUUAGACUGUCCAAGUGGGCGUUUCACACCCUCCCCAACUUCCAGCGUCUUAAGUAUUACAAGUUGAAUGUACCAUGCAUGUCGUUGUUAAAAAUUGUCAAGUUGAACACCGAAGGCGGUCACUUUGACCCGAACGCCGAUAGGCAGUCCAUGUUUGACAAGGUGAAGUCCAUCAGCAAUCAUAAGUUCGAAUACAUAUGCACAACAGCCGUAGGUAACGAUCACAUCGAUUGUCUUCAGUUCGCCCACAAAAUUGGAUGCAAAUGGGACAAAUUUACGUCCGCCAGGGCCGAGGGGACCAGUUCGGAGUGUUUGAUGUACUUACAGCCCAACGGGUGUGAAUGGGAUCAAUCUACGUGUACUUAA